AUGAAGCUCCUGACUCUUCUCCUUGCUGCCGGUGCCUUGGCGGCGCCCCCAGCGCCAGCGCCUAUGCCCAGGGCAGAGGGUCAGCAAGGUCCUGCUCUCAAGGCAGCACUCGAGGCAGAGCAGGCCGCCGCGACGGCCGCCAAGCUCACUGUCAACGCGCCUGCUGGCUCCAUCACCGGCGUGUCCCUGCUCAACGUCGAGUCCUUCCGAGGGAUCCCCUUUGCCGAGCCUCCCACAGGCCAGCUCCGUCUCAAACCACCCGUCCGGCUGGAGACAACUCUGGAUGCCUUUGACGCCUCGGGGCUUGCCCCGGCUUGUCCGCAAAUGUUUGUCUCCAGCGAGGCGCGGGAUCUCCUGGGCCAGACGCUGGGUCUGCUGCUGGACAUUCCGUUCCUCGAGCCCUUGGAGGGACAGGAGGACUGCCUGUCCGUCACUGUCCAGCGACCCAAGGGCACCAAGGAGGGUGACAAGUUGCCCGUGCUUUUCUGGAUUUUUGGCGGUGGCUUCGAGCUAGGCGGAAGCAACAUGUACGAUGCCACGGACCUCAUCCGCUUUGGCGGCGGGCAGGAUCAAAAGUUCAUCUUUGUCGCGGUCAACUACCGUGUCGCUGGGUUCGGCUUCAUGCCCGGCGCCGAGAUCCUCGCGGACGGGUCCGCCAAUCUGGGUCUGCUGGACCAGAGGAUGGGCCUGGAGUGGGUGGCCGACAACAUCGCCUCGUUCGGCGGUGAUCCCGACAAGGUCACCAUCUGGGGCGAGUCGGCUGGUGCCAUCUCCGUCUUGGACCAGAUGGCCCUGUACGGGGGAGACGCCACGUACAAGGGGAAGGAUCUCUUCCGCGGCGCAAUCAUGAACUCGGGCAGCAUCGUGCCCGCCGAUCCCGUGGACUGCCCCAAGGGCCAGGUGGUGUACGACCAGGUCGUCGACCGUGCUGGGUGCGCUGGUGCGGGUGAUACUCUGGCCUGUCUGCGCGAGGUGGACUACGACACGUUCCUCGAGGCUGCCAACUCAGUACCCGGACUGUUGUCGUACAGCUCUGUGGCGCUGAGUUAUCUGCCUCGCCCCGACGGCCAUGCCCUGCCCGACAGCCCGGACGUUCUGGUCGCAAGCGGCCGUUACCACGCCGUGCCCAUGAUUAACGGUAACCAAGAGGAUGAAGGCACGCUGUUCGCCCUGUUCCAGAGCAAUCUGUCGUCCACAGCCGACCUUGCUGGGUACUUCAACGAGCUCUUCUUUAACAGCGCCUCCGUCGCGGAUCUUACAACGCUGGUCGACACAUACGAGAACGUCAGGUCCGAGGGCUCGCCGUUCCGUACCGGCAUCUUCAACAACUGGUAUCCCGCCUUCAAGCGUCUCGCCGCUAUCCUGGGCGAUCUCGUCUUCACGCUGACCCGCCGCGUCUUCCUUGACGACGCGCUGGCCGCCCACCCGGACGUACCAGUCUGGUCGUACCUCGCCAGCUACAACUACGGCCUGCCCAUCAUGGGCACGUUCCACGGGUCGGAUCUUCUGCAGGUCUUCUACGGCCUUUGGCCCAACAAUGCGGCGCGCAGCUGUCGCACGUACUACCUGAACUUUGUCCUGAACCAGGACCCCAACGCUGGUGUCAAGAAGUAUGCCGACUGGCCCGAGUACAAUAGUAAAGACCGGGAGCUUUUGUGGCUAAAGACACCCAACAGGAACAGCAUUUUGAAGGAUGACUUUAGGGAUGAUAGUUUCCAGUGGAUCACGGACAAUGUAGAGAAGCUGUAUAUUUGA